AUGGCUGACAUAGUGUUUAGUGUAUCUGGGAUUGUGAAACAGUUUAAGAUCCUUAGACGCCAGGAAGGCAUCUGGCUCAGACGGCAUCACCGUGUGCUGGCGGCGGUGCCCCAGCAGACGCACGCGGUGCCGCCGCCCCCGCAGCAGCUGAGCCCGGACAGCACGUCGCCGGGCACGCAGGGCCACGGACAGGCGCACGGCUCGCCGCCCCCGCCGCCCCACGACGCCGCCCCCGACUCGCAACUGCAGCGCGCUCCGCCGGAUGUUCACGAGGACGGCGACAGCCGCGACUCGGAGCGGCUGCACCACCACCAGCCGGGCGCCCACCCAGGUGAGGAGCAGGGCGCGCAGGCCGGCGGCGAGGGCGCGGCCGGCGGCCAGCCAGCGCAGCAGCCGCAGCAGAAGAAGCGCAAGCGGCGGGUGCUGUUCAGCAAGGCGCAGACGUACGAGCUGGAGCGCCGCUUCCGCCAGCAGCGCUACCUGUCGGCGCCCGAGCGCGAGCACCUCGCCUCCAUCAUCCGCCUGACGCCCACCCAGGUCAAGAUCUGGUUCCAGAACCACCGCUACAAGACCAAGCGCGCCCAGCAGGAGAAGGGUGUUCCGGGGGCGGGCGUGGGCGGCGCGGGGGCGGUCCCGUCGCCGCGGCGGGUGGCGGUGCCGGUGCUGGUGCGCGACGGCAAG